AUGAGCCCCGCGCGGGGCCGGGCGGCGGCGGUGGCGGCGGCCGGGGCGCUCCGGCGGAGCGGCGGGAGCGCGACCCCGCCCCGCGGGCGGAGCAGGGGGCGCGCAUCGCCCCGCGGAGCGCCCGCUCCGCCGCCCGCCCGGCAUCUCUUCAGAGAUCCCGCUGAGGUCGAGGCCCUGCGCCGGAAUCUGCUCGCCUGGUACGAUCGAUGCAAGCGGGACCUUCCCUGGAGGGCGCUGGCAGCGGCGGAGCCGGAUGCCGACAGACGGGGAUAUGCAGUGUGGGUGUCUGAGAUCAUGCUCCAGCAGACACAGGUGGCUACGGUGAUCGACUACUACACCCGCUGGAUGCAGAAGUGGCCAACACUGCAGGCUCUGGCUCAGGCCUCCCUGGAGGAGGUGAACGAGCUGUGGGCUGGGCUUGGCUACUACUCCAGAGGGAAGCGUCUGCAGGAAGCAGCAAGGAAGGUGGUGUCCGAGCUGGCUGGUCAGAUGCCCAGGACAGCUGAGGAGCUGCAGAAGCUGCUGCCGGGGGUGGGCCGAUACACGGCGGGAGCCAUCGCGUCCAUCUCGUACGGACAGCUUGACCUGUGGGUUGGCCUCCUGUGUGUCCCUUUCCAUCCUGGGAGCAUCCCAGCUCCCUUCUUUGUCCGGAGCACAUCCCAGCAUGGUAAUGCCAGCUCCUGGUGCCAGGCUACGGGAGUUGUGGAUGGGAACGUGAUCCGGGUCCUGUGCCGCCUGCGAUGUGUUGGUGCCGACUCCAGCAGCCCAGCUGUCAUCGACUGGCUCUGGGACAUGGCCAAUGUCCUGGUGGACAGGAGUCGCCCAGGGGAUUUUAACCAAGCCUUGAUGGAGCUGGGGGCAACUGUGUGUGUGCCCAAGUCCCCACUGUGUGGGGAGUGCCCGGUGAAGCAGCACUGCCAAGCAUGGCGCAGAGUGGAGAAGGAGCUGGCCUUCGCCUCUCAGAAGCUGUUUGGAAAAGCCCCCCCAGUGCCCGAUGUUGAGGACUGUGGUGUUGGGGACUGUCCCCUGUGCCCCCCAACCACAGAGCCAUGGGACAGCAGCCUGGGGGUGACCAACUUUCCCCGGAAAGCAGCGAAGAAGCCGCCGCGGGCGAUGCGAACAGCCACGUGUGUGCUGGAGAGGAGGGGCUGCCACGGGGCCCCAGAAUACCUCAUUGUGCAGAGACCCAGCUCAGGUCUCCUGGCUGGACUCUGGGAGUUCCCAAGUGUCCCACUGGCUCAAGAUCUGCAGGAGGAGAAGGAGAGGGAGGAGCUGGCUGAUCACCUCCAGGCCUGGAUGGGGCGGCCCAUGGCAGCAAAAGGCCUGCAGUUUAUUGGAGAGGUCAUCCACAUCUUCUCCCACAUCCACCAGACUUAUGUGGUCUACUCCCUGCACCUAGAUGGGGAUGUCACCCUGGACCCUGCCUUGUCCCCAUCCCGCUGGGUGACAGAGGAUGAGUUCCAUGCCUCAGCCGUGUCCACAGCCAUGAAGAAGGUGCUGAAAGCUCACGAGAAGCAGCGCAGGAAGGAGAGCAGGCCUGUCAAGGGCUCCAAGCGGAAGCGGGGGGCCGAGGCACCGGGAGCAGGCAGCCCCCGCCCUGGGACACAGCUCUCCCUCCGUGCCUUUCUCCGGGCACCGACGGCCCCGUGAGGGCACCAGCCUUCCUCGUGUGAGAGCCCAGAGCCCCUCGCUGGGGUCAGUCCUGCCCAGGGCGUGGCAGCACUGGCCCUGUGCCGUAGCAAGCCCAGGACAUGGCUCUACAAUGGUCUCUCACUCUUCCUCUCCCUUGCCUCCCCCGUGGGCAUUGUGCCUGGAUGUGGCCGCUGGUCCUGGAUUAAUCCUGGAGCCAGACCUGCCCUCCCUCCUUGGCUGGAGCCCUCCUGGGCUAUUUGGCCCUGUACUGCCACCACUUUGGCACUGUGGACUCAGGGCAGCAGCGCUUCCUCUCCAGCAGUGGGAAGGUUGUGGCCACAUGGCUCCUGCAGCCCUGUCCCCUGCCUACAUCUCAUGCCCCUGUCAGUGACUGGGGAUGCUGCUGUACCCUCCCUUGUUUUUACUGUACCUGAAAAUAAAUCUCAAGUGUGUGGGUUUUUUAA